AUUUCUUAAUUUUCAAAAUUAUUUUUAUACAAUAUGCAACCUAAAAGCGCUUUUCCUUCGGAUAAAUCAUCAUAUAUUUGGGCAAUUACUACUGGCCUUCUAGGCUCAAGCUGUUGUAUUAUACAACUAAUCCUUAACAUAUUCUCGAUCAGUUGUGCAGGAUUCAGCAUUUUAACACCAUAUCGACCAAUAUUUCUAUCUUUUACCACGGUCCUGAUAUUAUAUACGAUGACUAAGUAUGGGUUAAAUUCGAAACAAACCUUAGUUACAUUGCUGAUUUCGUUAUCUUUAUCAACAUCUCCAGAAUUGAUUUCUUUAUAUAAUCAAGGAAAAAUUACAAUAUCACCAUUUAAUUUAGAAAAGCCUUUAACAGAAGAAGUUGAAAUAUUUGUUGUUCAAAUCAAUGGAAUAAGUUGCGAGGGAUGUGCUAAUAGGAUUAAAACUCAAUUUGAUUCUAAACCUUUCGUGGUAGAUUCAAAAGUUUAUUUUAAUAAUCAAUCAGCUAUUGUUAGUGUUAUACCUGGUAAUUAUAAACCAGUUGAUAUUGAAACCUGGGUGAAAAUGGUAGACUUCAAAUAUGAACCAAAAGUUAUUCAACAUUAUAUUGAGAAUAAGUACUAAUGAUAGAAAAUUUAUGUAACUAUAUAUAUUCUAUUUUUUUCAUCAUUUAAAUUAAUCAUUGAUUGUU